UCAGCCCCAAAAAUAUUCCCUGAAACUCACAUUCUCUGAGUGUGGAAGCCACUUUAACGAAAGUGUGGACACUAUUCAACUUUUACCCUUGCACGGGAUAAUAAACGCGCGCAAGCUCAUUAAACCACCUGGGUGGACCCCGCGUGAGACUUCUAGAAGCUUUCAGUGCGGCUCGUGCCUGGAGUUGGGACCGCUAAACAUCCCCGUCCGAGAGGGGAAACGAGGAGAGGGAGACGGGGGAGAGAGGACACGAGCGGAAGGGAGGCGAAAAUCACAUACAAACCGAGCUGUACACAAGGAUGACGCUGUUUUGGGCGUGCAGAAAGGCGGCAAACAAAGUCACAUUAACCGGAUAAAUGUAAAUAUUGAUUCCCCCCCCCCUGCGGUGCGUUGUUUGGACUGUAUGGAACAAGGGUUAUCCCUGCGCUGAGGAAAUACUCCUCUGUUUUCUUCAUUGUUUGCUAUGGAAAUUACGGGAAGUUCAUGUUUUUGGCUUCAUUGGGAACGUUAAAUGCAAAUGCAGUAGGUAGGUAGGGGACUCCGGGCUUUCAGUUCGUCAACUACUUGCUUGUUCCCCCUACAUUGUAUAUUAGUAGGCUGUGCUGUUUGCUUCUAUGAAAUGUGAGCCCCUCGUGAAGUAGAUACAUGACAAACCGCUGUACCCAGCUGUUUCAUUAGUACUAGGUACUGUAACCCUCCACACUCGCCUUUUUGGAUUGGAUAUGCGAAGCAAACUUUUUAAGAAUGAAGAGGAGAAAAUUCCCAUAGCACGUUUCUUUUAUCUGGUCACAUCCGCGGAACUGGAUUAUUAUUUCCCCCAAGCCUUCAUUUCCAUGUUGUGGAGACAGGAGAGCUGACAUGCGUCUGGAAUGGGGAUCUAGCGCGGUGACAUACAGUUGCGAAAUAGCCUGAUUUAUAGAGCUGUAGAGAGUGAAUGAUUAGGACACCCGGUGCAGGUAGGGGAGGCGACAGUAGUGCUUGCUUGUUCGCCGUGAGUGACCGUUUUGAGCCCGCUGUGAACCCGCUGGAGGACUCGGUUACUUUGAGUGGAGUCUCCGGAGCCGCUAUGGAGGAGUGGAGACAAUGCGGGCGGUGGUUGAUAGACUGCAAGGUCUUGCCCCCCAACCACCGGGUCGUGUGGCCCUCGGCGGCCGUCUUCGACUUGGCACAGGCCCUGCGAGAUGGGGUGCUGCUGUGCCAGAUGUUGCACAACCUCUCCCCGGGAUCAGUGGACCUGAAGGAGAUCAAUUUCAGACCCCAGAUGUCACAGUUCCUGUGUUUGAAGAACAUCCGGACGUUCCUCAAGGUGUGCCACGACAAGUUCGGCCUGCGUAACAGUGAGCUGUUCGAUCCGUUCGACCUCUUUGAUGUCAGGGACUUCGGCAAGGUAAUCUCCGCUCUUUCGAAGAUCUCCCACCACAGCAUUGCACAAAUCAAAGGCAUCAGGCCUUUUCCAUCGGAGGACACAGCUCUGAAUGAGGAUGAUGUGUACCGGAGCCUUGAAGAGCUGGCAGAUGAGCAUGACUUGGGUGAGGAUGACAUCUACGACUGUGUGCCAUGUGAUGACGAUGGGGACGACAUCUAUGAGGACAUCAUUAAGGUGGAAGUACGACAACCCAUGAUCAGAUACAUGCAGAAGAUGGGAAUGACAGAAGAAGACAAAAGAAAUUGCUGCUUAGUAGAGAUCCAGGAGACUGAAGCAAAGUACUACAAGACUUUAGAGGACGUUGAGAAGAACUACAUGAUCCCGUUGAAGCAAGUGUUCACCCCACAGGAAAUGGAGGCUAUCUUUGUCAAUCUUGAGGAUGUAAUCAAAGUCCACUCCGCCCUCCUACGAGCCAUAGACCUGAACAUGUUGAGCGGAGGAAGCGGACUGGGGAAGAUCUUCCUCGAAUUCAAAGAAAGGUUGUUGAUCUACGGUCUUUACUGCAGCCACAUGGAGAACGCACAGAAGACACUGGACGAGCAAAUAGCGACACGAGAGGACGUCAAGAUUAAAGUGGAGGAAUGUACUAUGAAAGUACAGGAAGGGAAGUUCAAGCUGCAGGAUCUGCUGGUGGUUCCCAUGCAGAGGGUGCUGAAGUACCACCUACUACUCAAGGAGCUGUUGACUCACUCAGCGGACCGACCGGAGAGACAACAACUGAAGGAGUCUCUGGAGGCGAUGCAGGACCUUGCCAUGUACAUCAACGAAGUCAAGAGGGAUAACGAGACGCUGAAGAAAAUCAGCGAGUUCCAAAGUUCAAUAGAGAAUCUUCAGCAGGUGAAACUGGAGGAGUACGGGAGGCCAAAGAUAGACGGAGAGCUGAAGGUGUGCUCCAUCGUCAACCGAACGAAACAGGACCGGUAUAUAUUCCUGUUUGAUAAAGUGGUCAUUGUCUGCAAGAGGAAAGGCUACAGCUAUGAGCUCAAAGAGAUUAUCGAACUGCAGUCAUAUAAAAUGUCCGACGACCCCAUGAACAACAGAGACAUGAAAAAGUCCAGUGGAAAAAUGUGGUCGUACGGUUUCUACCUGAUCCACCUGCAAGGGAAGCAGGGCUUCCAGUUCUUCUGUAAAACCGAGGAGACAAAGAGGAAGUGGAUGGAGCAGUUUGAAAUGGCCAUGUCCAACAUCAAGCCAGAGAGAGCCACAGCCAAUCAGCAUAACUUUCAGAUGCACACAUUCGAUAAGAACACCAACUGUCGAGCCUGCAAGAUGCUCCUGAGGGGAAUCUUCUACCAGGGCUACUACUGCUCUCGCUGUGGAACAGGAGCACACAAAGAGUGUCUGGAAGUCAUCACCAUCUGUAAAAUAAAUCCUCUUGACUUGGAACCUGGAUUAUCAUCAGGCCCCAAGAUGGUGGCAGUGAGGAACUACCACGGGACGCCUGCUCCACCGGGGAAGACGCCGCUGUGUUUUCAAACAGGAGAGUUUAUCGAGCUGCUGAAGGGAGAUCCUGACACCACGUGGUGGGAGGGAAAACUGAUACAAACACUAAAGAGCGGCUUCUUUCCCAGUUCUUGUGUAAAACCAUGUUUGGACCCAAAGCCUUUCCAGUCAUUAUCUACCCGGCAGUGCUCCAGGGAAUCAGACUACUAUGGAUAUCCUUGGUUUGCGGGGAACAUGGAGCGCCAGCAGGCCGAUAACCUUUUAAAAUCCCACAGCAGCGGGACCUACCUUAUCAGAGAGAGGACGGCGGAGGCAGAGAGGUUCGCCAUCAGCAUCAAAUUCAACGAUGAAGUAAAACACAUCAAAGUCAUUGAAAAAGACAGCUGGAUUCACAUCACUGAGGCCAAGAAAUUUGAGAGUCUUUUGGAGCUGGUGGAGUACUAUCAGGCACAUUCACUGAAAGAGAGCUUUAAGUUGUUAGACACGACCCUGCGAUACCCGUACAAGUCGAGAGAACGCUCGCUAACACGGGCCAGCACACGCUCACCAGAUGUACCCAUACAGAUGAACGCUCAAAUAUCUGGAUCAGCAGCCACCUGCGCCUCCUACAACUUCUCCUUCCUCAGUCCGCAGGGCCUCAACUUCUCCUCUCAGAGCUCAGCUCCCUUUUGGUCAGUGUUCACUCCUCGGGUGGUCAGCUCAGCGGUGGCCAGGUAUAAUUUUGCAGCGAGAGACAUGAGAGAGCUUUCCCUGCGGGAAGGAGACAUCGUGAAAAUCUACAGCAAGAUCGGAGGAGACCAGGGCUGGUGGAAGGGAGAGGCCAACGGACGAAUUGGAUGGUUUCCCUCAACGUACGUGGACGAAGAAGGCGUUCAGUAAUGCUGGAAGGAUUACUCGCCUCGCGCUCUAAAAUCAGGAACCAUCAUCUAUCUACUGUUCUCAGAGAAAUCACUCACUCUCUCCAGGAAAUAUCACAAGAAAAAAAACUUUUGCUGUUGUUUUUUUGCUGGAUACCCGAUCCUUCCGAGUGUUUCUACCCCAUUUCUCAAUCUUCAAUUAUGCAUCUGCUUUGCUUAUGUUUGUACAUUUUCAUUCUUUAUUUUAGCAGGAUGUCCUGUUUAAUCUCUGUACAGGAAAGAAGAAGAAAGUGGCUUGUUGUCUGUCAGUGUGUUCUGCAGAGGAUCUAUGAGGACACGGCAGAAACUGUGGAUAGCUUCUUGGUUGCAGGUCUAUGCCAGGUGAAAUAAUUGUACAGUAUAGAUAAUUUAUUGAAUAGAGAUUAUUAUCAUUACUAAUGAUUAUUGUGGGGGAUUUUAGCUGAAGCAAUGAAUCAGAAACUAAAAUAAGGGAGGGGGGAAAGACAGAUUUUUGCCUUAGUUGUCAUGGUGAUGCCUUGUGGGCUGACACCAGUGGAGGGAAUAGACUUUGUUGACUGGUUUUACUUCUCCAUGUAUGCAUGUGCCCAUGCGCGGCCCACACACACACACACACACACACACACACACACACACACAGACACACACACACACACAGACACACACACACACACACACACACACACACACACACACACACACACACACACACACACACACACACACACACACACACACACACACUGACCAAUGUACAGUACGGUGCCUUUGAAGAAUGGUCCAUGCUUACUGAACCACAGCAGCCCCAAACAGAGGACUCUACUGAGGGGGGGGGCACUGACUGGGGACGCCCCUACUCCCCCCCCCCCCCCCCCCCCCCCCUCCGAGCCCCGGGAAACAAGAUGGUGAAGCAUUUAACUUAUCCUAACCGUGACUGGAUAGACUCAGAAAGAGGGUUUUUAUAGCCAUCAACACAUACACUGUUCAAUGGAUGAAACCAACUGGAUGCAAAAGGGAAACAUCAAGACAUUCCACUGGACAACCACUUCACACUUUGAUUUGUUUUUUGUGCAUAGAAUCAAGACUAUUUUUUAACUGGACCGUUUAUAAUUUUAAGCCAAAUUCAGCCAUGUUUUAAUGUCUGCAUGGAGUUUGUUAUGAUUUUUGUACUUUGCCUUAUUUUUACAGAUGUUCAGGUGUUGGGUUUUUCUUUUUGUUCCCGCCUCCCCCUUCUUAAUGUAAAUCAUUUUUCAUGCGUGAAAUUUGGUGCUGUGCAGACUGGUGAAAAUUAAAACUGUCAGAAGAUUUUUUAUCUGAAGGAAAAUGUACGUGCUAAUUAACCUGAAUCCACAGAAGAAGACAUUUUGUGUUUUUCCAAAGGGGCAGUGCUCAGUGUUUCCAUUUACUUCCAGUAAUUAACAGCCAUGUACAUGUAGACUGCAGUUUGUCAAUAUUAAACUUUCAUCAGUUUCCUAUUGACAGAAGGCCAGUUUCUAAUUCUAGUUAUGCUGACGUUCAGAUGUUUAUUGACUCUGUUAGCUUAUAAUAGUUCGAAUUUGUUUACAUUUAAUUUCAUAUACAGAAUAUUGACUAACUCUGUUUGACCUUCAUAUCUCCCACCUCCACAUUGGUAUUGAUGAAUUGAAAUGUCUCAGCCUUAAUUUGAAAAUGUCACAUAUCUUAAAAGUAACUAAUCUUGUCUUCUUGCUAAAACUAAUACGAAGGAAGCUAAGUGCAAACACUGAGCACGUCCGCUCUGGCUGGUUCUCUAACACUAACGGAGAAAAGGUGCUGAUAUGUUUAGUUUCUAAACUUUUGACUGUCUAUGAUGUGUGUCAUUACAAAGGCCCACCCCCCCAAAAAACACAAAGUUCUACCACUGUGUGAGGGGGGGGACACAGGAAGCCUCCAUGUUGUCUAAAUAAAGAGAGGGGGGGGAUCUAGUCGCUGUGUAUGUGGUGGACAAAAUCCCAUUGCAUGUGGCUAUUGAUAUUUCAACUCCUGUCAAUACGUCCUCGAAAAAAAAAAAAGUACUUAAUCGUGUACAUUUUUUUUGAAUGGUUGAGUAUUUCCAAAUGAGGUCUAUUAUGAAAUAAAUAUUUCUCUUUGGUUUAAA